AUGCGGCGUACGCACGGCAAGCGAACGAAGGCGGAAAGGAGCAUCAGUCCGGUGCAGCGGAGGUCUCGACGCCGCGCGGAGGCGCGCGGGAGCGAUGCAGCAGCGGAGGUGAAGGAUGAGGAGGAGCUGCAGCAGCGUGGGUUCGCCCACCUGAGAGGAGAAGGAGGCAUCAACGCGUCGCUGCAAAGACAACAACCUCAGCAGAAGCACCAGCAAUGGACAGCGGUGACCCCGUCGCCGGUGUCCAUUCCAACGUCGGCACCUUUAGCUGAUGGUGAUGCAGUGUUCGCAUCGCCACGUACUUCGCGUUCAGUGACGCGUGGGUUUUCCCAUUUGCGGGAUUCCAUCUCCUUCGUGUUGCCGCAAAUACGCGGUGACGUGCGUGCGGCUAGCAGCAGCCCACGCGGAAGCAUUAUUUUGCCAGUCUCCACACCCCCACCCGUGCCCGCCUCACGUGGCAGCUUAUCCUCAUCACACUCAGAGCGCGAUAACCGAGCUCAGCAGCAGCAGCAACAGCAACAGCAACAGUACUAUCUACCCCCUCAACGCCUUCCCCCUCAUCGACAUCACCGUAACGGUAGCAACCAAAGUUUUCUUAGCACGCGCAGCGCGAUUGAAUACCUCAACAGUACCGGAUCGCUUGGGGAGAUUAUUUCUUCGCGUGGGAGCCUGCGCUCGAGCCAGGCGACGGCCUCACACAACUCUGUAUCCCAUUCGACAUUAGGUCCGCUGGAACUCUCUCCCAUCCUGAAGGAGGAGAAGCGCCAGCGAAGAAGACGCGGUGGUGGUGGUGGUGGUGAAGGCAAUAGAAGUGGUGGCGGUGAUGGUGGGCCCUCUACGCGCCGCCCACUCCUUAAGGGACUGCCGAUAGAAGUGCCAGCGGCUCUGGCGAAUUCCGUCGCGGCGGAGGAGCAACAGUCGCGGAGAGAGACGCUGGAGGAGUUACAUCGCUCACUGGCGCGCUGUUCACGCGGGGCGACUAUUGUUGCCCUCACGUUAUUCUUUAUCGCGAUGUGGGGCGUUUUGGCGGCACCACUUAUGUUGCGUUUGGAGGGUCCCGAGGAUGUCUUGGUGCGACACUACGUCGACACGGUGUCGGAACUGCAGUUCAUCUACGGGGUGCCGCACAUGUCUCUCAACAGUAACGAGACAAGACGACUGUAUCUUCGUCUGUUAAGUGAGACACUUGAGCGUUUCGAGAGGGCCACCUCACAUCUGAAGCCUGGUGUUGACUUCAAUGCACAGGUGUUGUACUAUAAACGAAUGAUUAAGGCAUACCAGACUAUUCGACAUCGAGCGCAAUUGUACGCGCGUAGUCGCAACCGCAGUCGCGUGCGUCAGUACGUGCUUGACCCCUUACGUGAUGCUUGGCAUUACGGACUGCUGCGGCAUGGUGUUGCACCAACACUGCGGGAUGUUUUCUGGGAGCCAUCAUUAUCACGCAUGUGGGCGCGAAUGAAGGACAGUGUGGUUUGUCUCCGCCAGGAUGAGAAGAUGCCAUGCCCCACACUGGCGUACCUGCAGGAGAGGCAACAAGAGGAGGAAGAGGAGGGGAUUGAGACAACCCCUGUUGACAUGGAUGACACUGUACAGGGGCAAAGACACCUGCAUAUGCGAGAGGUUUGGCGUCUACAGCGUCUGCUGGAAUAUGUGAAGAGGAGCUACCGCCAGAGCAGCCGUGAAUACAACCAUCUCUUCUCCGGCGAUGACACUGGUGCAGUGAUAUCGUGA